AUGAAGACGCAGAGGUUGCGCGUACUGCCGCUCGAUGGCGAUGCGACUGAAAUUGUACAGAAACUGCUGGUGAUGACGUAUAAUGUGUUGGCACAGUGCUACAUCCGCUCGAGUUUUUUCCCAUACUGCAAGUCCAGUGAGCUCAAAUGGAAGAAAAGAUCCACAAAAUUGGAAGUGGUGUUUGCCUUGAGUCUACCGGUCUCACCUGAUGUCAUUUGCCUGCAGGAAGUGGACAACUAUAAUGAGUUUUGGGCUGGUAUGAUGAAGAAAUUGGGGUAUGAAGGCAUUUUUAUCAAGAAAACAGGCGCUAAACUUGACGGUGUGGCUGUAUUUUGGAGAGCAGAGAAGCUAAAGGUAAAAAAGUUUCAGCAAGUUAGUCUGGACCUGCCUAGUGGAGAUGAGUCGGACAUCGAUAAUGAAUUACGGUUGAGGACUUCAACGAGGGGAAGUGUUGGUUUAAUUGUGCACUUCGAGCACCUUGAGACGCAGGUCGAGUUUGUGGUCGCAACGACGCACUUAUUUUGGGAUCCAAUGCAAGAAGACGUCAAGCUGCUACAGACGCGUCGAAUGUUGCAAGCGAUGGAGACGUUUACAUGGACAAUGGAUACAGUUCUGCCUCUCAUUUUUUCCGGUGACUUCAAUUCAUUACCCGACAGCAAAGUGUACAAUUUCAUCACCAAGAAUCACAACUAUCACAGUGCGUACUCACACUAUGAAACCAAUGGUGAGCCCAUGUUUACGAAUGUAAGCGGUGACGCUAUAUCGGAUGAUGGUACGCAUGUACCACGCUUUGUCGGUACACUGGACUAUAUCUUCUAUCGCUCUUCUAGGAUACAACCAGCAGCACUUAUGGAGAUCAUGUCAUUUGAAGAUGCUAGCAAGAACGUUGCAUUACCAAUCGCACAGAUCUUUGCCUCUGGUCAGGAACAAGCUGCAUUUCAAAAGAUUAUCGACAAGAUACCUAUUCCCUAUGAUAAUAUCGUUUAUGAUACGGUACUAUCAUCGAUAACGUCAUUACCUCAACUAUCACAGACCCAAGUGGAACUUUUAACACGUGAACAUGGAGACACAUUAGUACAAAACAAUCUUCAAUCUCGGAAUUUCUGUGUCUUGGUGCGCUACGUAAUUUAUGAAUUGUCAUUCUGCUGUCGAGUGGCUAAGAUGAUGGAAAAUUCACUGGACGCUUUUGAUCCAGAGGCAGCAAGUUUAAAAGUGGGAGAUGGGACACUGCAAGUAGUAAAAACACACGUGCAUCGAGCGGUGAACGCACUGUUUUUGGCUCGACAGUUUACGAUGAGAUUUAUCGAAAGGAUGGAUGAGUAUUCAUUGCUCAGUCACUUUCAAUACCAUGCAUUGACAGAGUCCAAUGGCACCUCGACUACAUUAAAACGUGGGUUCAUGCAAUAUAGCUUUUCCAUUCAGAUGGAGGCGGAGACUGCUAGUAGCAAUGAUGUGUGUGCGCCAGAAGACUUUUCAGACGAUCUUGCUUUUCCCUUACUAGAUGCACUGCUCACCGUUCUCAUUGAGUUACCGCCAAAUGAAACGACAUACGAUUUACACAUGGAAAUAGUCAAUUUGCUCUUGGUACUCUUGUCUCCUGUGGUAUAUUCUUGCGACUAUACAAAGCAAGCUAGUGAUCUACAUUUACACAACCCGUUUCUUCGCAUGCUUAUGAUGUCUGCUUCGCCCUGUGGUAAAAAGUCUUAUUGGGCUUCUGGUGUGAUUCGUCGCUUGCUGCAAAAUAGCAUUGAUCAGCUCCAAGCUACGGGAUCUAGCUCGAUGACCAAUACGGCAGUAAUUGCCCUGGAAAAAGCUCGAGAGAUGUCACUUGUUGCGAUGUCGGUACUCUCCAACCAAAAACAUGAGCAGGAACAGUUUCCCCACUUUACACUGGAAAGCGUUGGCUCGACUGCGGCAUCAAUAUUCCGCUAUCCGUUGAGCUUCAUCAGGUCUAUGACCUCUCGUGAGGAUACCCCAAGCCCGCUCGCCGAUCGAAGUGUCCUGCUUUUACUGGUAUUGCUUCAGAGUUGUCGGGACAAUGACUCUAUGGUGACCAGCAAUCCUUUUCGAGGCGCACUUUGUCGCAUCAUAGACGGUGCUGGCAUAAUAGAAAGCUCGCAAGCGGAGAUGAAGGACUUAAGACCUCGUUUAAUGCAGCAUCAUGGGACAUCUCAGAGCUCAGGUGCGCAGAAACUGAAAUUACUGAUCUCGAACGUAUUCAAAGUCAUUGGAAGCCACGCACCAUACGAAGCAAGUCAUCUCAUGUUGUACACGCUAUUGUACACGAAUCCAAUGGUAUGGGAUAGGGCUGUAAGCAGUGCAGACAUGGAGCGUCUGUUGCUGCCUUUGCUGGAGAUAUUGCACCACGCGCGGUCUGUAGAGCCUAGCCGUUUGUACAUGCUAGUGGUCGUGUUGCUGACGUUCACACAGAACCCAACGUUUGUUCAUAAUACGCAUACGCAGUUGAUCGUACCCAAGGUGCCAUGGUAUCAAGAGCAUUACAUGGUAGAUGUCUCGUUGGGCAGCCUCAUGAUGAUCAUCUUCACACGGCUCAUAAUCCGCAACAUCACCCACUUUCAGGAUAACUUCAUCCACUUGAACGCUUUUGCAGCCCUGUCCAACCUUGCUCGGUCGGCCGAGAGUCUGCACAUGUAUGCUGCUCAAGGUAUCGUUGGAGUCAUUGACAUGCUGGCUAAAAACGAAGCAAAGCUAGUGGUACGGAUGAAAGGCUUAAAGGCUACAGACGAAGACGAAUAUAAUGCGCUAGCUCAGAAACGUUCUGCGUACGUCGAGUUUAUCCGGUUGUUGCUCGAUGUGGUAUCGUCUUGUCUGAAGCCAAUGUUGUUGCCGCGUAACCCGCAACUUAUUUAUUCAUUGCUGCACCGUGCCGAUACAUUUGCAACGCUACAGCAGUAUUCCGAGUUUGCUGCGCACGUGCACAACAGUCCUGUGUGGAUCACGUUGGCGCAGUUUGAGACAGUUGUAAAAGCGAAGACUUCUCCCGACGAUAUACUCAACGCUGACAUGAUACUGAAGAUUAUCCGUAGCGAAUGCACUAGCCUUCUAGCAGCGUCAAGUACUAGAUCAAGGGCAAGAGGUUCUACAAAGUCUAGGACGUCCGUCGACGGUGACGAUACUAGCUACCGAUACGAAGAAGAGAGUAACCCAGAGCAAUUUUUCGUGCCGUACAUUUGGAAGCACAUUCAAGAGCAAACACCUGAUUUCUGCUGGAAAGUCAAUAAGAUCACGCUGUUCGUGCCUAGUGACAUCUCCACGUCUAAACUGUGA